AUGAUUUAUAAUAAUAAAAUAAUAAUAAUAAUAAUAAUAAUAAAUAUAAUUUUAUUAAAUAAUGUAAAUGGUCAAAUAGUAAAUGCACAAUCACAAUAUAAAAAUAUUUAUCCAUUUCCAAAUUUAUUGGGGCCAACUGAUCCAGGGUUUAGUCAUUUUCCAUUAUUUGAAGAUUUAAUUUUACAUAUUCGUUGUUAUUAUAAUAGGGAUGGUGAAAUUGGUGAUAUAAUGCUAUUUGAUUCUGGGCUACCAAUGUUUUCAACAUCAUUUGGAAACGUCAUACAAAUGUUAAUUGCCAAUAAUACAAUGAGCAAGUUGGGUUUAUCAACAGCCUGUUUCUUUGAUAGAUACGGAUACGGUUGGUCAGAGAUUAGUCCAAAGCCUGUGUUGGCACAGGAUUUCGCAAGAAAGUUAAGAGGUUCCAUCCAAAUGAUACCAGAGUUGGCCAAUAGAAAAUUCUUUUAUUGCGGUUGGAGUUAUGGAGGAUUGAAUGCUCAAACCUAUGCAAUGUUAUAUCCAAACGAUGUUAAAGGUAUUCUAACAAUCGAUGGUACCGAUAUUGGUGUUAUAAAUGAUCAAAAAUGGUUAAUGAUUCCACGUUUUCUUGAUAUGAUCAACUAUUUCAAAAGAUUACCAAAUGAAGAGUUUAAACAAUUUUGUAGAAAUGGUUCUCUAAGUAUUGACUAUGGUUGGAUUUCCAAUGCUAUAAGUUUACCACAAAGUUGUAUAGAUAAAUCACAAGCAGUAUACUAUAACCCAAAUCAAAAUUAUCUAAAUACAAUAUAUCAAGAAUUGUCGAAUAUGAUUCCAAAUGCAAAUGCUUUGAAUAAAUUGUACAAAAAAGCCCCAAAUCCUUCAAAGCCAUUAGGAAACUUACCAAUGGUAGUUAUGUCCUCUGAUCCAGAUGAUGAACCAUCUUGGUUUGAAAGACAAAUUAAAUUAUCUGAAUUAUCUUCAAACUCUAUUCAAUUAAAUUGUCAAAAUCAUUUCGUACCAUUUUAUCAACCAAAAUUAGUUAUAAAUGCAAUUGAAGUUUUAAGUGCUAAAUCAAAAUAA